AUGGGGCCUGCUAUCACCACAGCACAGGUGCAAGCAAUAUCUCUGGCAGCAUUGCACGAUGCCAGAGAACGAACUGUAAGUGACCUCGUCGCCAAGCUUGGAACCUCCGGUCAACACAGCAACAAUGUCAACAGGGACUUGAUGAGACUGGUCGGGCAGGAGCCACUGAUGUACAAUCCCAGUCGCACCACUUUGCGAAAAGAUGCUUCGGAAGUGCCUGUGCCCAUCGACGGAGUGCCGAGCGACGAGCAUGCCUACACCAUCAGCCUGCCACACGAGUUAUUUAGCAGCCUCUACCACAAUUACAAGGCAGCAUGGAAACAAGUGAUCAUGCCUGGACAGGCGUCUUUGGAUCGCUUUUGGCAGUCGGCCAGAGGGCUGCCGCAGUGGCAGGGCCACCCACUGGCAUCGGAGCCAUCCCUGAGCAAAAUAAUACCACUAUCAUUGCACGGCGACGAGACACCGGUGCUGGCCAAGGGGAAAAUUUGGUCCUCCAGUGCAUUGGUGAUGUCGUGGGCUUCCCUUGUGGGUAGCGGCUCCACGAAACAAAGCCAGCUGUACAUCUGGGCCGCCUGGCACAAGUCAUUCUCUAGCCAGACGAAUGAUGACCUGUGGAGUCUUUUACUCCGGACUUUCGAAUCGUUGUGGUCCGGAAUUUUCCCGAAAGCCGACUGGCGAGGAUAUGAUUUCGAUCCCGACAGUCCCGAGGGACAGCGAGCUGGCCAAUACCUCGCCGACGGGUGGCGAGGGGUCCUGGUGGCCAGCUGUGGCGACCUGGACUACAUGGCACAGUUCCAGGGCCUUCCCCGGUGGAAUUCAAAUUCCCCUUGCUGCCUGUGCCAAUGCCACAAACGAGGAGACCUUUCCUGGCACUGUUUUUCCGACGAUGCCCAAUGGAGGACAAGUCUGUGGACCCCUGCUGCUUGGAAAGCAUGGCCCGACCGAAGCAUGAACAAGAUGUUCCAGAAGGACCUUUGUUCCGUGCUCGUGGUCCAUUUCGACCUGAUGCACUGUCGAUACCUUGGCUAUCUGCAGCAGCUAUAUGGGUCGGUUUUUUGGAUCCUCUGUGAGGAAAUGAUGCAGGCGACUCCAGGCGAAAAUUUGCAUGAACUCUGGGGCUUCCUGAAGACAUACCAAUCCACCCACAAGGUCCACAGCCCCUACUCCCAGAGACUGAACAAGGUCAGUAUGUACAAGAAACAGAAGGACUAUCCGAAGCUUCGUGGAAAAGCGGCGGAAAUCAAGGACAUGGCAGCAGCCGUGCGAGCAAUGUGGGCUCAUUUUGGUGUUCCUGGUCAAGACUUCCAAGAGAUUGGGUUACUCCUUGAUUUGACAUGCAAGUUCGAGGAGAUAUUGGAGGAAUGGCCGAUUGCACAGGGCUAUUUCUGCCUUCCUGCCGAAGCUGCAGACAGACUCAAGGCGAACCAUCGGGACUUCGCAUGCUUGUAUGUCAUGGUCGGGGACCGCUUUCAGAGCGAAGGUCGUCGGGCCUUCAAUCCAACCAAGUGGUCGAGGAGAUGUCUGGCUGGAGUGGCCAGUUGA